UGUUUGUAAAAGCUUCAAGUCCGUCUUUUUCAAAAAAACAUUGUGAAUGCUGCAUGCCUCAUGCUUCCCAGCGCCUCGCGGGAGAGACCCGGCUAUAGAGCAGGAGUGGCGGCCCCUGACUUGCUGGAUCCAAAGUCUGCCGCUCAGAAUUCCAAACCGAGGCUCUCGUUCUCCGCAAAACCCACCGUGCUUGCUUCCCGGGUGGAGAGUGACACAACCAUUAAUGUGAUGAAAUGGAAGACGGUCUCCACGAUUUUCCUGGUGGUCGUCCUCUAUCUGAUCAUUGGAGCCACCGUGUUCAAAGCGUUGGAGCAGCCUCACGAGAUUUCCCAGAGGACCACCAUUGUGAUCCAGAAGCAGACGUUCAUCUCCCAACACUCCUGUGUCAAUUCGACUGAGUUGGAUGAACUCAUCCAGCAAAUAGUGGCAGCAAUAAAUGCAGGGAUUAUACCUUUAGGAAACACCUCCAAUCAAAUCAGUCACUGGGAUUUGGGAAGUUCCUUCUUCUUUGCUGGCACUGUUAUUACAACCAUAGGAUUUGGAAAUAUCUCACCACGUACUGAAGGGGGAAAAAUAUUCUGUAUCAUCUAUGCCUUACUGGGAAUUCCUCUCUUUGGUUUUCUGUUGGCUGGAGUUGGAGAUCAACUAGGGACCAUAUUUGGAAAAGGAAUUGCAAAAGUGGAAGAUACUUUUAUUAAGUGGAAUGUUAGUCAAACCAAGAUUCGAAUCAUCUCAACAAUCAUAUUUAUACUGUUUGGCUGUGUACUCUUUGUUGCUCUGCCUGCGAUUAUAUUCAAGCACAUAGAAGGCUGGAGUGCCCUGGACGCCAUUUAUUUUGUGGUUAUCACUUUAACAACCAUUGGCUUUGGUGACUACGUUGCAGGUGGAUCAGAUAUUGAAUAUCUAGACUUCUAUAAGCCUGUUGUGUGGUUUUGGAUCCUUGUAGGACUUGCUUACUUUGCUGCUGUCCUGAGCAUGAUUGGAGACUGGCUCCGAGUGAUAUCAAAAAAGACAAAAGAAGAGGUGGGAGAGUUCAGAGCCCACGCUGCUGAGUGGACAGCCAACGUCACGGCUGAAUUCAAGGAAACCAGGAGAAGGCUGAGCGUGGAGAUUUAUGACAAGUUCCAGCGCGCCACCUCCAUUAAGCGGAAGCUCUCCGCAGAACUGGCUGGAAACCACAACCAGGAGCUGACUCCCUGUAGGAGGACCCUGUCAGUGAACCACCUAGCCAGCGAGAGGGAUGUCUUGCCUUCCUUGCUGAAAACUGAAAGUAUCUAUUUGAACGGAUUGACGCCACACUGUGCAGGCGAGGAAAUUGCUGUUAUUGAGAACAUUAAAUAGCCCUCUCUUUGAAGAGCCUUAGGCAUAGCCAUAGGCUCAACUCCGCAGUCCUUUACCCCACAACUCCUGUUUGAAUACCAUACCUUGCUGGAAACAGUGUGUAAAAUGACUGAAGUGAUGAUGCUCGAAGAAGGAUUAGAUGCCAAAUUAGAUGGACAAUGAAGCAACACUCAGAAACCCUAGCGUUAAAGGCACUGCA